UUUUUUCAAACAAAGAAAGACCAAAAUUGAUUUCCUUUAUUUAAAAACGACAACAAAUUGAGAUGCUGCUAAAAAAGAAAAAAUAUUUUACGAAAACGUGCAAGGGCAAUUCGGGAAGAAAAAAAAGAGAGCAAAGGUUUAUAGAUCGUAUAACGACGAAUAUCGGCGAUAGAAUGCUGCCCAAUGCUGUGCGUUUCGUAACGAAAUUUACCUUUAUCUACGUCUUCCUCACUGUCUCCGCCGUCUCCGCCAUCAAUGAUUCUCAGGUAUGUGGCAGAACCUGCGUAGCUGAAAACUGUGAUACGGUUGCGAUCCGAUACGGAAAGUACUGCGGCGUAGGGUGGUCCGGCUGUCCCGGAGAAAAACCGUGCGACGAUCUGGACGCUUGUUGCAAGAUCCACGACGAAUGCGUCGGGAAUAAAGGUUUGGUUGACGUAGAAUGUCAUGAAGAUUUUAAGGUUUGCAUAACGAAAGUACAAGAAUCCGGGAAAGUUGGAUUUUCUCGGAAAUGUCCAAUUAAUAUGGUGGUGCCUGCGAUGAUUAAAGGUAUAGAUAUGGCUAUUUUACUGGCCCAAUUAGGCAAUACUAAAUAUGAUGAACUCUGAUUUUUUUCCCAAAUUAAAAAAUUCAUUUGAAUUGGGACUUUUCGUUUAUGUGUGGAUUUAUUAUAUUUGAUGAAUAAUU